GUGUCAAAUGAUUGACAUCCAAUGUUGAGUCCUCAUUUUUCUGUCGUUUCUUUGAACAAUUUCUAUGUUUAGAUUGGUCUGGUUCAACCCAAGGAUAUCUGUGGACAAAUAGUUGAGAGUUUUCGGGUGAUCCGUUCCUAUUCCGAGUUCAUUGGACGGCCUUAAAAGCUGAAGACGUUUAUCAUCCCUUUAAGAACCCAACUCCUUUUCCUCCCAGUCAUCCUCGUUCAAAAUUACAAGGCUAGGAUCCAAAACACACUCCCACCAACAUGGCUGAUGAAAGGCCUGAGCUGGAGCGCAUUUUCAAGCUUUUCGACUUGAAUGGUGAUGGCCAAAUCUCUGCAGCAGAGCUCGGCGAUUGCUUGAAGACCCUCGGUUCAGUCACAGCAGAGGAGAUCAAGCGCAUGAUGGCUGAGAUUGAUACUGAUGGUGAUGGAUUCAUAUCAUUCCAGGAGUUCUUAGAUUUUGCGAAGGCUAACAGUGGCCUGAUGAAAGAUGUUGCUAAGAUAUUUUAAUGUUACAACAUAUAUUCUUUCCUUUUCUUUGCACUGUUAUUUUUUGCUCGGGAUGUAAUGUAGUUCGUGAUUGUGAAAGGCAGAGGCUAAGUCCAUCUGAAUUUUGAUUGACACGGACUUGGUUUGGUAGCUACAAAAACGUCUUUAUCACCUGAUGUUUCUAUACGAGCAAUUUGAUGUCUUGAGUAUUCUGAA